GACAAGAAAUCUCCAAUCCCAGCGAGGGUUGGCCUUUCUCUUAUGGGAUGGAAGCCAAAGACACAAGCAGAGUAUGCCCUAGAAUACCUUGAAGUUGACUUUGAAAACGCCAAAAAUGCGGAGUUAACACCAUUUCAAGGGAUUAUAGAGAAAGGAAAGGAUUUUUUCCUUACUGAUGAGAGAGGGAUGUGGAGUAUUUACGAAGAACUGUAUACAAGUUUUAAAGAUAAGAUAAAGUUGAACACAACUGUUACAGGGAUCAAAUAUAACUCCAGUAUGGUUGAGGUGACAACAAGCGAUGGAGAAGUGUAUACCGCUGACUAUGCAUUGUGCACAUUCAGUACUGGUGUACUAGCAAGUGACAUGGUGACAUUCACACCACCCUUGCCAGAAUGGAAGCAAGAGGCAAUAUUAACAAUGCCAAUGGCUGUUUACACCACUAUUUAUGUUAAGUUUCCCACCAAGUUUUGGGACGACAAGGAAAUCAUUUUGUACGCUGGUCCUACACGUCAAAGCAUAGCUGUCUUCCAGGAUCUACAAAGGCCAGGAAUAUAUCCCAAUAACAGUGGUCUGUUGCUGAUCACUGUUACCGGUGACGAAGGCAGAAGGAUUGAGAAACAAUCCUUAGAAGAUACGAAGGCAGAAAUGUUCAAAAUGCUAAAAGGCGUUUAUGGACCAAAUAUCUCAGAGCCAACAGAUAUCUACUCUCCACGUUGGACCCAGAACAAGUUCGUUCGAGGUUGCUACUCUGAAGGUACAGUUGGUAUGACAAGCAAAACGUUUGAAAACCUUGCUAAAAAUCUUGGAAAUCUGUACUUUUCUGGUGAGGCAAAUAACGAGGAAUGGUAUUCCUAUAUGCAGGGUGCUUACUUUACUGGAGAAAACCAAGCGAAAUCAAUUGUCAAAGCAAAUCAUUGUAAGGAAAAGCCUCAGAAUUGUACGGUCAGUGGAACGGACAGUUUCCGCGCAUGUUCACCAGUUGUCUCGACUACUAUCAUGUCGAUUUGGUUACUUCAAAUGUUUAUUGGUUGAUUUAAUAAGAUGUGAACUCGAAAAUAGAAUGAACUUUCACUUUUCCACAGAAGAAUAUACGAGAGUAAAAUGCCGCAGCAUGUAUUUUUUACAAUUUGUAUUUUUGCAACAACAUAUCUACACAAACUUCAUCUAUUUUUGCAGCACCAUAUUUUCAAAAUUUGCACUUUCGUGCUGCAGCAUGAAUUCAUGAUUUGUAUUUCUGCAUCAGGGCAG